GGAUCAGGAAGGCAUAGUACAGGGGGAGUCAGGAGGGCACAGUACAGGGGGAGUCAGGAGGGUACAAUCCUAGGAUCAAGAAGUCGCAGUACAGGGGGAGUCAGGAGGGCACAGUACAGGGGGAGUCAGGAGGGCACAGUACAGGGGGAGUCAGGAGGGUACAAUCCUAGGAUCAGGAAGGCACAGUACAGGGGGAGUCAGGAAGGCACAGUACAGGGGGAGUCAGGAGGGCACAAUCCUAGGAUCAGGAAGGUACAGUAUAGGUUCUGGGAUGCUCCCCAGGCCAUCCCGGGACAGCUUAUUAAAAAGCUUGACUGUCCCGGCAAAACCGGGACA